AUGGAACUCGAAGCUUCGCUCAAAUCGGAUGCAUUGGCUACAUUUUCUCAGUCCAUUGAGCAGGUGUUAGGUCCAAUUCAGGCAUACAGUGAUCAAAUACUUCUUGGUAUUGAUAUCUCACAGCUUAUUAUCUUUGAAUUACUUGCUUAUGGCUCAGGUGGUCAUGAUUAUUACCAUCAACUUGGCAUCUCUCGUCUCCUUCGUCUUGACGUUAAAACCGAUGACGUUAUCCAGCUUCAAUUUCAAUUGGCUAUUUCUCACGACAUUUUGACCAAUCAAGCGACAGAUAAGAAGCACCCACGUGAUCUAGUAAUCGUCGCGCCACCUCUUCCUACGGUGGCAAAGCGCUUAGCUGACGUUCUUCGACCACUAGAACUCGUAUCUACUACCCGACGUUGUGCUGUAUUAUGGCUACCUAUGGCGACACCAGAUGUGACGCUAGAGAUGGAACGACAGGGUGUUGCAGGUUUUAUUCGUCAAAUGAAUUUAACAUUAGGAUUGAUUCCAGUGGACCGUGGAGUUGCAGCAUUGUGUUGUGAUCGUGUCUUCGGUGAACUUUAUGUAAAAGGAGACAGUCGCGUCUUGACGGAUGUUGUGAAAAGUAUAUUAAGUCUGGAAAGACAGACAGGACGGAAGAUGAGAGAUAUCAAGUGUUACGGUGUUUUUGCUCACCGGGUUAAAAGUAUGGUGGAAAGUGCUCAUCGACAACAGCAAAAGAUCAAGAUGAGACAGAUGGACGGAAGAAUGAAACAAGAAGAAGAAGGUGGUGCAGAUGUGGCCAUGUCGAUGGAUAAAUUGGUCGUGAUUGACCGAAUGGAGGAUCCACUGUCAAUGCUAUUGACACCAAUGACGUAUGAAGGGCUGCUUGAUGCACUUGUUGGUGUCAAUCAUGGUAUCGUCACGUACGAGAAAAAAGAGGAGGAAGCGGACGAUGUUGCGAAGGAAAGGGGACGCAGUAGUAGUAGCAGCACUGUGAAAGAGGAAACGAGACACACAACGACGACGGCACAGAAAGUAGUAUUGAACCACCUGGACGCACUGUUUGAUGAGAUCCGAGAUGUAAACUUCAACUUGGUUUCUAAUUAUCUGGUGGAGGUUGCCAAGGACUUGGCUACGGAAGUUCGUGGAAACUCUGCGCGAUCUAAUUCUAACGAGCCAAUUGAUAGCAAGGCGGAGUUUCAAAAGGUGAAAGCGUUGCUGGCUAAAGCGCCUCACUUCGUCAAAAAGAAACAGUCACUGGCGCAUCACUUACAGCUUGUACAGCGUAUUCGAGAGCUUAGUACGCAGCUAACUCUACGUGGUUGUGUCGAGACUGAAAUGACUAUCAUGACCGCCGGCCCAAGUGCAUCAUCAGCUGCAGCCAAGGAUGUAGAUAGAUUUUUGGAGGAGGCUAUUCUGCGUGAACCUCCCUUGAACUUGUAUGACGUGGUCAAGCUCCUUUGUCUGUGCUCUCUUGUCCGCGGUGGACUCAAGCCGAACACUUUGGCUUGGUAUCGCCAGCAGCUCUGCCACACUUACGGCCAUCAGAUCUUGCCAUUGCUCGUGCAACUAGAAAAAAUGGAUUUGUUAUCCGCGGAGAAUCGCUUUGACUUUCCAAAAAUGCGGAAGCAGCUUCUUCUUAUGCGUGGUGCACUGGAUGACGAGGAUACACGGUGUCCCAAAGAUAUUCACUUCAUGUUUCCCUACACGGGCUAUGCACCAAUGAGUAUACGGUUGUUGCAAGAAUCGCUAGGCAUGAAAUACAAGACUUAUGCUAAGGAUCCGACGUCAUCGAUGCUAAGUCGUGGUAGUUGGCAUGGCAAUGGGAAUGAGCAUGACUUCAGCAGCCACCACAGUACGUCUGGCGAAGCUUUGGGUUUCGACAAUAGCACCGGUCCCAAACGCAUCAAUGUGCUGGUAUAUUAUGUUGGAGGCGUCACGGUCGCAGAGCUUACAGCUUUUCGCUUCCUGAAUAAAAAGCAAAGCGAGUAUUAUUUCUUCGUUGCUGCCACCUCCGUCUGUAAUGGCAGUCGUCUUUUGCGUGCGAUCUUCUGA